CAUAUAAAACCAUUAAAAGGGGGAAAAUUACAGAAACUUCUAAUAAUUGCUAUCUAAUGUUCACGUGGUGCAUGUUAGACCUAGAAUUACUAAAAAUGUGACCACAAGUAUUAAUUUAAAUUGGCUGCUUAGGUUAAUUUAUUCUCGUUAAGAAAACAACCAAAACAAAACUUGGAAGUGUAGAUUGAACAUUCAAUAGUUGCUUCGGGGACGAAAGGAGUCAUUUUUCCAUCGGUGAUAUUCUCUUCAAUAAGAAUGCAUGAAAGAAUUUUGUUAUUGUUUAUUAUUGUGAUGUUACUAAGCAACGCAACAAGGCAGCUUCAAAUGAAAGUCAAACGGCAAAAGUCUGGUUUUGAUAUGCUCUUUUUGAUGUCAACCAGCCCAAAGAUAUGCAGAACAUACAACGCUGAGUUUGUGCAACAAAAAAAUGGCUACGUAACAUGUUUGUGUAACGAACCAAUCUUUUACAGUCUUCACGCAUAUGACGUGCCGAAAUGUCAUAAAUUUAACGGCGCUAACAUAGGUUGUUCAUGUAAGACCACAUGUGUCUCUUUCAUUACGGAGAAAGAUACUAUUAUGGAAUGGUUUGUUCUUUCUGAUGCGUUUUCUUGCAGCAAUAUAAUGGGCAGUUAUCAACUUUAUGAAUGGGACGGCCAAACUUGGACGAAAGUAAACCGGAAAGACUUUGAAUUGGUGUUUGAAAAAGUAGUGGAUCCGGUUACAAAACAAGUGAAUAAAACUUCGUAUUAUUUCAAGUGGCGGCAUACAGACAGAACAACUGCAAUGCUUUAUUAUCAAGGCAGAAUAUUUAAAGUCAAUGUAUUUUGUGGUAAAAAGAGUUUUGGAUGCCAUGUCGGGAAAGCAGUGGGAACAAAAACAUAUAAAAUCCUGAGCGAACGAGAAUUAAUAACAACCACGUCAACAAGCAAAUCGAAAUCAACAACGACGCAAACAAGUAGAAGUUUGAAGUCCUCCAAAGACAACAAUAAUGAUGGCAUCAACACUGCGGUGUACAUCACGUUGAGCUUGAUAUUCGUGCUUAUUAUUGUGAUAAUAUGCGUUACCGCUUUUGUACUCCUCAAACGAAAAAGAAAAUGCUCACAAGGCGUCGUACAAAAUAACGUAACAACAUCUCCUGCACCCCCCUCCUACACAAAUAACGAGUUUGGAAUUGAGGAUUUCAUAGAAAACGAACGAAAGCAUCCUAUGCCGCCUCUGCCAAGAAGAGCACCGCAACCGCCUCCAAGAGAUGUUAUCUACUCAAACACAAAGGAAUCUUGAGAAUCUGGUCAAAUAUCUCGUUUGAUUUUAUUUUUUGUAAAAUUAUUUAAAGAAACAGUUCAUGUUUUUAAUAAUAUCACUUAGCUAUACUAUGGUAUGUUACACCGUAUCACAUCACUGAUUAAAUAUAAAAGUUAGGUAUUGGUAAACAUGAAAGUAA